UCCUGCGCUCAGUGGAGAGUUGCGUUUGAACGGAGCCAGACGAGGGAAGAGCAGCAGAAAUGACUUUACAGUGAAUAUGAGGAGUAAACCAGGACCUUAAACAUUUGGAUUUCUCCCUUCUGCACUGGAUAUUUUCUUUCAUUUAGCGGCGUUGGAUGAAUAUUGUCUCUGUGCCAGUAACGGUUCACAUGCGUAAAAACCAAACCUGGCACCGCGUCCUGUAGUUUGGCAUUUUUAUAGAUAAAUAUCCAAACCCGCGGAGGCUAAAUUAGAAAAUAUCUUUAGCAGAGAGGGGUUUUAACCAAAAAUGUGAUUCGUUGUCCUUCUCUUGAGGAAGCCAAGCCCCGUCGUUGGCAUCUGACACAGCUAGGUCGCAUCGAGAAGAUUGUGGAUUAACGUUUUUCCUUUUUUUUCUCCUUUUCCUCUCCAAGACGUUGUUCAGUGGCCUUUAGCCAAAAUGAGCGUCGAUUUAAUUGAAUUAACUACAUGAGUGGAGACUAAACAAACACAUUCCUUCGAGUUAUUUUUUUUCUCCUACUAAUCAAACGGCGCCAGGGAAAAAAAAAUAUGGAAAGCGAGGUUUUCACCCCUAUGCUGGAGCAGUUUCUGCUCACGCCUCUGGUGUGCUGGGUGAAGACAGUCGGGCAGCCGGCAGUGACCGAUGGCACCAAAUUAUCGGAAUAUAUCGAGCUAGUGGAUGGGAUUUACCUGAAUGAGAUCAUGCUGGAAAUAAAUCCUAAAGCCACAGUGCAGAGGACCAACAAGAAGGUGAACAAUGACCCCACGCUGCGCAUCCAGAACCUUUCCAUUCUCAUCAGGCAGAUUAAAGCCUACUAUCAGGAGACUCUCCAGCAGCUGGUGAUGAUGCCUUUGCCGAAUGUGCUGGUUCUCGGCCGUAACCCUCUCUCCGAGCAAGGUCUGGAGGAGAUGAAGAAACUGUUGCUGCUGUUGCUCGGCUGUGCUGUUCAGUGCGAGAAGAAGGAGGAGUACAUUGAGCGGAUCCAGACUCUGGAUUUUGACACCAAAGCUGCCAUAGCGUCCCACAUCCAGGAGGUGACGCACAACCAGGAGAACGUAGUGGACCUGCAGUGGUUGGAAAGUGGAGAAAUGCCUCCUGAAGAUCUGGACGGCCUCUCAAGAAACCUGGCGUUCCACCUUAAACGUCUGGUGGAUGAAAGAGACACACAGCUGGAGACUAUAGUGGAGCUGACCCAGGAGAGAGACUGUGUCCAGUUGUCCCCGCUGGCUCCAUGUCCCACCCAGUCUCCCGGCGACUCCCCCAGUAUGAGGAGGACCGAGAGCCGACAGCAUCUCUCCGUGGAGCUGGCCGAUGCCAAGGCCAAGAUCAGGCGCCUUCGGCAGGAACUAGAGGAGAAGAGCGAGCAGCUUCUGGACACCAGGCAGGAGCUUGAAAACAUGGAAGCCGAGCUCAGGAAACUUCAACAAGAGAGCUACCAGCUGCUGUCGGACGCCCGCUCGGCUCGGGCCUACCGCGACGAGCUGGACGCGCUCAGAGAAAAGGCGAUACGAGUCGACAAGCUGGAGAGCGAGCUGAUCCGUUACAAGGAGAGACUCCACGACAUCGAGUUUUACAAGGCCAGAGUCGAGGAGCUGAAAGAGGACAACCAGAUCCUCCUGGAGACAAAGACGAUGCUGGAGGAGCAGCUGGAUGCGACCAGGACACGAUCCGACAAACUGCACCUCCUGGAGAAAGAGAAUCUGCAGAUCAAAUCCAAGAUCCACGACCUGGAGAUGGAGCGGGACAUGGACCGUAAGCGAAUGGAGGAGCUGCUGGAGGAGAACCUGGUGCUGGAGAUGGCUCAGAAGCAGAGCAUGGACGAGUCGCUGCACCUCGGCUGGGAGCUGGAACAACUGUCCAAGACGCCAGAGCUGACCGAAGUCCCUCAGAAGUCUCUGGGCGAGGAGGUGAAUGAACUGACCUCGAGCCGCCUGUUGAAGCUGGAAAAAGACAACCAGACCCUGCUGAAGACGGUGGAGGAGCUCAGAGGAGCAGCGUCUCAGGACACCGUGGCAAAACUGGCCAAAGUCAACCAUGAGAACCAGAAACUGAACCAGAAGGUGGAGCAGCUGGAGAGUGAACUGACAGCGGACAGAGAUUCACUUCGCAGCGCCGAGUCGCUCAGCACUGACCUGAUGAAGGAGAAAGCUUUACUGGAGAAAACUCUGGAAACACUCAGAGAAAACUCAGAGAGACAGAUGAAGGGUCUCGAGCAGGAGAACAAGCACCUGAGUCAGACGGUUUCAUCCCUCCGUCAGCGCUGUCAGGUCGGCGCUGAGGCCCGAGUCAAGGAUGUGGAGAAGGAAAACCGGAUUCUCCACGAGUCCAUCUGCGAAACAACCGCCAAACUCAACAAGCUGGAGUUUGAAAGGAAACAGCUGCGUAAGGAGCUUGAAGUGAUGAAGGAGAAAGGUGAGAGAGCCGAGGAGUUGGAGAUUCAGAUGCAGAAGCUGGAGAGGGACAAGGAGGUUUUGCAGAAGAAAGUCGCCAGCCUUGGAAUCACCUGUGAAAAGGUGUCGUCUUUGGAGAAGGAAAACACUGAGCUGGAGACCGAGGGCCGCCGUCUGAAGAAGAAACUGGACGCUCUGAAGAACAUGGCUUUCCAGCUGGAGGCUCUGGAGAAGGAGAACUCCCAGCUGGAGCAGGAGAAUCUGGAGCUCCGGCGGUCGGCUGAGAACCUCCGGUCGGCCGGCGCUAAGGCCGCUCAGCUGGAAGCCGAGAACAGGGAGCUGGAGAGCGAGAGGAGCCAGCUGAAGCGAAGCCUGGAGCUGCUCAAAGCCUCGUCUAAGAAGACUGAGAGAUUAGAGGUGAGCUACCAGGGCCUAGAUACCGAGAACCAGCGUCUGCAGAAGGCUUUAGAGAACAGCAGCAAGAAGAUCCAGCAGCUGGAGGCAGAGCUGCAAGAGGUGGAGACGGAGAAUCAAAGCCUCCAGCGAAACCUGGAGGAGCUCAAGAUCUCCAGUAAACGUCUGGAGCAGCUGGAGCAGGAGAACAAGACUCUGGAGCAGGAAAGCUCCCUGCUGGAGAAAGACAAGAAGCUUCUGGAGAAGGAGAACAAGCGUCUGAGGCAGCAGGCUGAGAUCCGAGACUCCAAGCUGGACGACAGCAACCAGCGGAUCUCCAGCCUGGAGAAGGAGAAUCGCACCAUGGGCAAGGAGAUGAUCUUCUUCAGGGACUCCUGCACCAGAGUCAAAGACCUGGAGAGAGAAAACAAGGAGCUGGUCAAACAGUCCAGCAUUGAUAAGAAGACGCUCAUCACACUCAGAGAGGAGCUUGUAAGUGAGAAGCUGCGAACUCAGCAGAUGAAUAAUGAUCUGGAGAAACUGACCCACGAGCUGGAGAAGAUCGGACUGAACAAAGAGAGACUCCUGCAUGACGAGAGCUCGGAUGACAGGUUUAAGCUGCUGGAAACCAAACUGGAGUCGACUCUGAAAUCAUCUUUGGAGAUUAAGGAGGAGAAAAUCGCCGCUCUGGAGGCCAGACUGCAGGAAUCCUCCAACCUCAACCAGCAGCUUCGCCAGGAGCUGAAGACGGUGAAGAAAAACUACGAGGCGCUGCGUCAGAGGGAGGAGGAGGAGAGGAUGGUGCAGAGCUCACCACCCAGAGGAGGAGAGGACCCUCAGACCGUCAGCAAAUGGGAGAAAGAGAGCCAUGAAGCAACGAGGGAGCUGCUGAAAGUCAAAGACAGACUCAUUGAGGUGGAGAGGAACAAUGCCACGCUGCAGGCUGAGAAGGUGGCCCUGAGGAGUCAGCUCAAACAGCUGGAGACUCAGAGCUCCAACCUGCAGGCUCAGAUAGUGGCUCUGCAGAGACAAACCGCCUCCUUACAGGAGAAUAACACGACACUGCAGACGCAGAACGCCAAGCUGCAGGUUGAAAACUCCACCCUGAGCUCCCAGAGCGCCUCCCUCAUGGCCCAGAACGCCCAGCUGCAGAGCCAGCAGAGCAGCGUGGAGGGCGAACGUGAAGGAGCCCUGAAGGAGAAGGAGGAGCUGAGGGCCACAUACGAGCUGCUGCUCCGCGACCACGAGAAGCUGGCGGCGCUGCACGAGAGGCAGGCGGUCGAGUACGAGGCCCUUAUCGGGAAGCACGGCGGCCUGAAGACCUCCCACAAGAGCCUGGAGCAGCAGCACCGGGACCUGGAGGACAAGUACAAGCAGCUGCUGCAGAGGAAGGGGGAGCUGGAAGAGCUGGAGAAGAACCUGAAGGAGCAGCAGGAAAAGAUGGCACUGGAGAACCAAACCCACCAGGCCACAGCUGACCAGUGCAAACAGCUCAAAGAGGAAAACGACCGGCUGAACACCACGUACCGUCAGCUGGUGAAGGACAACGAGAGCCUCCAGCUGGACCAUAAGAACAUAAAGACUCAGCUGAACAGCGCCAAGCUGGACCAGACCAAGCUGGAGGCCGAGUUCUCCAAACUGAAGGAGCAGUACCAGCAGCUGGACAUCACCUCCACCAAGCUCACCAACCAGUGUGAGUUGUUGAGCCAGCUUAAGGGAAACCUGGAGGAGGAGAACCGUCACCUGUUGGACCAGAUCCAGACUCUGAUGCUGCAGAAUCGCACACUGCUGGAGCAGACGAUGGAGAGCAAGGACCUGUUCCACGUCGAGCAAAGACAAUACAUAGACAAACUGAAUGAACUGAGGAGACAGAAGGAGAAGCUGGAGGAGAAGAUCAUGGACCAGUACAAGUUCUACGACCCGUCACCUCCUCGGAGGCGUGGCAACUGGAUCACUCUGAAGAUGAGGAAGCUGAUCAAGCCGAAGAGCCGGGAGAGGAUGCGCUCGCUCACGCUGACUCCGUCUCGUUCGGAGUCCGGCGACGGUUUUCUGGUGUUUCCCCCGGACAGCCAGGACAGUUCGUCUAUCGGCUCUGGUUCCAACUCGCUGGACGACACGCUGUCACACAAGAGGAGCAGCAGGAGGAGAGGGCAGCAGCCUCAUGCCCAAGUUCAGGGCUCGUCCAAUGGUAUGCCGCGGACGGGGAGGGUGGGCGGGGCAUAUGACCCCACUGUCACGUCUCUCAGGGCAUGUUUUCCUAUAAAAAGGUUGCCUUUCAUGAGGAACAGAUCCAAGGACAAAGACAAGGCCAAGGCCAUCUACCGGCGCUCCAUGUCCAUGAACGACCUGCUGCAGACCAUGGCGGUGGCCGGUGGUCCCGGGGCUCAGUGGGCCGGCAGCACCGAGAAUCUAGACGGCGUUGAAGCCGGAGACGCCGGCAUGACGGGCAGCAGCAGACGCAGCGGGCAGCGCAUGAAGGAGCUCGCCUUUUCCACCAACGCCAUCGACUGUGCUGCUCUCACGCUGCCCAGCGCAGGACACAGCAGAGCAAAACUCCGACUGCAGGUCAAAGACAACGCCUCCUCUGAGGACGUUGCUGGCUCAGAUGACCCCAAGAGUCAAGGCCUGCUGGCUUUGUGUCCGUCCCCUGUUGAGCCGAGUGUUAUGCGCAGAGUGCCCUGUAACAUCUGUACCUCCAGACCCUCCAGUCUCCAUAGCAACAGGACCACCAGUAGCAAUAGUAACAAUAACUCCCACCUCACUUCUCCUCUGGAGGGCAAAGGCACGUUGAACGGCAGCCUCAGCAGACCUCACAGUGAGAGCAGCGGUGAGUUCAGCCUGAGUCUGGACCAGGAGGUCUGGUCCAGCAGCGGCAGCAGCCCCGUCCAGCAGCCCACCUCCUCCCGGUCCUCCCACCAGAGCCCCCUGCAGCUGCGCCGGUCUCUGGACCCGUCCAGCGCCGCCGGCAGCCCCGGACAGACCCAGAUCAGGAAGACAGGAUCUCCAGGCAGCGAGGUGCUUUCACUUCAGCAGUUCUUGGAUGAGGGUAUUGACCCUGCAGAGUCUGGCAGUCAGGAGAACCUCACUGUAGACUCUCCUCGCCUCUCCACCUCUUCUGACCACGGGCCGAAGGAACGUACUUCCACAAAGGGUCGAGGAAUAUUACGCUCAUCCAGUGGGAGAGCAGCACCCGUCAGCAGUGAUCGCCCUCCCAGGUCUUCGGCACAACCGGGGCGGCCGACGCUCCGGAAGGCCGAAAGCACCCGUGUGAAAGGCUCGGCCCCGAUCCGCUCCAGCUUGUCCUCGCAGGCUAAAGCGACGUCCGUCUCCGAGCGCCUGGACUCGGCCUCCUCCACGCUGCCCCGGGCCAGCAGCGUUAUCUCCACCGCCGAGGGCACCACGAGACGCACCAGCAUCCACGACAUGCUGUCCAAGGACAACCGGCAGCCCGUGUCCGUCGACGCUUCUCCUCCCGUUGCUUCCACCAAGGCUGGGGUUCGCUCCCAGCCGACACCCAAUGUGGAGGGCAGAAAGUCUAAAAGCAGGAGCGGGGAGCCUCAGCAGAGUUGCUGAGCGCUGCCCCCCCCCCACCCUCGUCUGUCUGCUACCAUGCAGUGAGCGCGUGGUGAGUGAAGAGGGGAGGGGGGGGUGUCAGUCCUGUCUCCAUGGGAACCCAAAACAUGGUGUAACAGAUGUCGUCCAUCCUGCUGUGCACUUCUCGCCUCCCCUGCUUCUCUAAGCUCUCCGAAAGCCUCCUACCCUCCCUCACCGUCCUGUCCGUCCCCUCACCGUCCCCUCACUGUCCCCUCAGUGUCCCCUCAGUUUCCCCAAGCUGCCAAACGGGCCUGAUGGGACCCGGCCUGCAUGGCAUAUGGGCCGCUUUAUCGUGUUAGUCUGAGUGGAUGAACGCUUUGCUUGCCUUUUUUUUAAUUGUCCCUAAAUCCCCCCAACAAGAGGACCAUUUCCCUCCUUUACAUGCUGUUGCUGAGUGUGUCUGAACAAGUUGCUGUUUCCAGGAUGCUUCUAUCGUUGCUGCAUGGCUUUGGUGUAGCGCUGAAAUCCUUCCCCCUCUGCAUGUAGAUCCACGCUGGCUGCUUUCCUCUGUUCCCUCUUGUUAAAUCACUGUCUUCACUGAUACAACUUCUGACUUUUAACCUUCUUCUUUCUCUCUUGUUUUUUUAUUUUUUUAAUUUACUUUCUUCUUUCCACUCCUCUUGCUUGCUUGGGACUCAGAGAGAAAGGUGGCCUUGGAGCUGUGUGUCUGAAGCCUAGUAGAGUUAAUCUGCUGAGACCGUCUACAGUGAGAAAAGAUUGUAUAUCCCAGUUUCUUCCCUUGUUUUUUUUUUUUUUUGUCGUUUUUUUUUUUUUUUUUAACCCAGGACACUUGAGUAGAGAAAAGUGGCUUCCUUCUCUGUUUUGUUUUUCUUCCUUGAAUCAAGGAAAUAACAUAAAAAUACUAGAAAAAGUUGCAGUGACAGUAGUUUUUUUUUUUUGUUGUUGUUGUUUUCUUUUUCCGUAAAGACUGCAGUGGCAGAUUGCACUGCCCUGUGUCCUUUAGAUGUGCACUAGUCUCUGCAGACUAAGAUUAAAGUGCCAAUGUUCACACAACAGCCAAAAGGGCGAUUUUAAAACCAUGACUCCAUUUUGGAUCUUCUGCGCAACUUCAAAGUCGUGAAUGGAUCUUUGGAUACGGACAGAACGCACAACAUAACGCAUGUCAGCACAAAAAACAUUUCCAGCUGCUGAAGAAUCACAAUCUGCAUGGAGCAAUCAAACAGCCAAUCAUCCCACUUCCUUUAUCCAAUCAAAGAAGAGGACAGUGCUCGGCGGGAGUCUAACCCGCCAGGAUGCCAAACGGACUUUGAAGCCAUGACAGCUCGGUGAUCGGCGCCGUCGCCUGCCGAUCCUGAGCGAACGUUGUGUGAUCUGAGAGAGAGACUGAUGAAGGGAGUGUUCCAGGUCACCUAUAAGACAGCUGGCAGCCAUGAGAGACCCUGAAAUACACCCACAUACUGACUCAUUUAUCACCUUCCAUCCCGCUCUGAUAAGGAAAAUAUAACAUUAAAAGCACACAUCUACUUUCCUGUUUCUAAAUCUGACUUGGAGUAUAGGUGACCUGUGACCUGCCCGCUUUAAAUACAGAACAUGUGCAGAUAUCUGUUGUUGUGUUGAACAUGAUGGUGGUGACAAGACCCAGUGUUUUCCUCCUUUUCCACUUUUACAUGAAUCCAUUUGAUGUAAUUAAAAUUCAUCAAGACUAA